AUGAACCCAGCCGACUCUGAACAGCUGAGAGCAGCGCUUCGCUCUCAGGGAGGCCGCCUCGCUCAACAGGAGGAUCAGUUAAUGGCCAUCCAGCAGGGAGUAUCACACGUCACAGACAGCCAGAGGGAGUUCGAGUCAUCUGUUACAAACCAGAUUAACCACCUGGCGGGGCAGUGUCCACCCACACGCUGCUCGCUCACCUCAAGACUGAGCCUCACACCCACCUCCGGCCGGACCCGAAGCGAAUGGCGGACCCCGGCCGCUUCCACACCGUGUCAAUCCGCCUGGCUCCGCCUGAGAAGUUUUCGGGGAUCAUCCAUGACUGCCGUCCAUUCUGACUUGCUGAGAGGAAAUCGGGAGAAAGGACAGGGCUGGCUCCUACUCUUCUAUUUCCACUCUAUGAGGGCACCUUCUUCCUACUCUUCUCACUCUCAGGAAGACUGCCAUCAUGCCACUGUUCUCUUUCCUUCCAUCCCAGAGAUCAGCGUCCCCACACAAGGACGAGGAGGGCCAACUGCAGCCUGGGACCGUGCCAAGCUGUCACUCGUGUCCACGGGAGGAAGCGCGGCCGCGCGCCUGCUGGAGGGAAGAUGUUUUUACUGCGGUCAACAAGAGGACGCCUUUGCCAAAGGUGAGGUGUUUUUGGGGAACAAGGACCACGGGUACAGCGCCUCGCCCGGCCUGCCCGCCGGCACACACUGCAACGGCGCCUGGCAGCACGGCGUCACCAUAGAAACGCCCGACCGUGGCUUCCUGUUCACCUGCGAGUCAGAGAGCGACCAGCAGGAGUGGCUGAAACACUUCAAUGACGUCAUGAAUGCUGUGAUGUCCCCUCAGGAGUACACAAUGGAAGCCUUGUUCAAACACAGGCAUUGAUGGACCGCCUGUGGAUCAUCUCCUCUCAUCCAUCUCCAGACUCUGUUCUGCACUACCUUCCUCACUAAUAUCACCACACUGGAGCAUCUUCCAAGUCCCAAUGCUGCCCUUUGGGGGCAGAUAUCCAAACAAGAGGACCGAGGCAAUAUUCAUCGGUACAUUUAAAUAAGAUAUCUAGUGAAACAAAUUGAAAUACUACCGGUAUUUCAUUUAGUUUUGCUCUCAUUUUUGUAGGGGUAAGAGAUACUAAAAGUUUUGGUCUGACCCUAAGCCUAACAAAUCCAUUGCCCAAAUCACCAAUAUCAAUGUUGCGUUGCUUCCUACUGUUAAUCACGUAAUCACAUGCAUGCACAGUGCAGCUUUUAAAGGCGAAUCGGUCCUCUUGUAUUAACUAUGUUAUCUUAGUGUACUCUGAUUGGGUAAUAAAAGAAGGCGACCAUCAACAGGACAGGUUUCUUCAGUCUGGGAUUUUUAAUAAAACCAAUUUUAUUCAUUGAUUUAUUUUCUUGUAAACUUGUGUAUCAAAUAUAAAGCAGUUCAUGAGCUAGCGCUGAAGCAUGCUGCAUAGUGUGCUGUUUUUGUUCACAAAGGACACAGAGAUUUUCUAACCAACUUAAUAUCUUCAGACACACUACCUGUACAGUUUGCAUCAUGAAUGGCUUUCAUGAUUUUGUAAGACAACUUUUGUUUGCAGUAGUUUUUGAACGAGUAUGCCUGUUGAAGAUGAUCAAGCUGUAAGCACUUUAAGACAUUGCAUGGUCUAACAGUGCCUCCAUGUGGCAAACCAUACCAUCACUAAAUCUUUGUUAAAACAAUCAAUGUUUCAGGUUACAUUUUUUCACUGGAGUUUUUGUUGUUUUUCUUUUCUAUGUUUUGGCUAAAGAGGUACUCCUUUGGGUAUUGACUUGGUGUCUUUUGUAACCCUUAUGUUGACCCGUUUCAAGUUCAAACUAUAUAAUAACUACGCUCUAGUUUUAUUAUUGGAACAAGGCUUCAUGAUAUCCCACAGCAGAUAUAUAAACACUUCAAAACAGAUUUUGAUAAUUUUAGCCAAGUUUAAAGGUCUC